AUGAUAUCUUCUAGCAGAGCGUCGAGCCCCGUGUCAUCUACACCCCAGUCUCUUGUGUUCGAUCUACCUCAGACUCCGACCAGUACCACCCCAGAGGCUGCAGCAGACGAUACAUCCCAAUGCGAGUUCCAUAUUGACUGGGGGAACAUAUGGCACUGCGGUAGAAGACUCAUUGGCGCCAAAAAGAGACCGCGUCACAGACGGGUUGUCGGCACGAAUAUGAAAGAGUCCUGGAUAUAUCGACAUGGAGCCAAUUUAGAGCACGGGGGAGUACGCUACUGGCUUUGCAGGCUCUGCCACGAAAAAAGGAGUUAUUCGACGGCUUUGUACGCCUCCUCUGGGACAGCUCAUGCCGCGAGACACCUAGUCCGUCAGCACCAGAUCGUUGAAUUUGGUGACAGGAGUCCAUGCUUGGCGACUCCGUUCACCAUAGCGGCCAAAUCCGCGUCCUCUUCUGUACGCCCUUUGCCGCGACAGACUAGUCUAGGCUUUCAGCUCGCCUCCCACUUUGACGAAAGGUCAUGGAAAUCUCGUUUCGUGGACUGGGUCAUCCUAGAGGAUGUCACCUUCCGACAAGCAUCAAGCGAGCGGCUACGGUGGUUGAUUACGAACGGCGGGGAGGUUGCGAGUCAGCUACUUCCCGAGCAUCACACAACAGUUUGUUCGUGGAUCCGUCAAGCCUUCGAAUCUCGGCGGCAGAUUAUCUUUAAUCUCGUCAAGGACGCAAAGAGUUGCGUCCACCUUAGCUUUGAUCUCUGGACUGCUUCCAACGGGUUCCACUACAUUGGCGUUCUUGGCCACUUUGUGGAUAGCCAGGGCAAAAAACGUGAUGUCCUUCUUGGACUGCCGCGCCUAGUUGGGCCACACUCUGGUGAGAAUAUGGCCUCGUAUAUCAAGGAGGUAAUCGAGAAAUACGAAAUAGGUUCCAAACUCGGAUAUUUCAUGCUUGAUAAUGCCGAAAGUAACGACACUUGCCUAGAGACGCUUGCGAGGUGGUUCCCAAUGGACACGAGCCGGCGUCGACUGCGUUGCGUAGGCCACAUUAUCAAUCUGGUUGUCCGCGCUGUCAUCUUUGGGUCAAACGUCAGUAAGUUCGAGGCGGAGCUUCGUGGGGCUACGGACGAAUUUAGUUUCGAGAUUUGGGCCAGGAAGGGGGCUAUCGGCAGACUCCACAACCUUUCCACCUAUAUCCGACGGACGGACCAGCGACGACAGGUGCUUCGGCGUUUACAGACCGAGCUCGCCGGGGACGACGCAAUAUUUACAUUGGAGAUUGUUGUUGAUGGCAAGACACGCUGGAACUCCAUUUACGAUAUGAUCAAUCGUGCACUGGAAUUGCGCAGUGCCAUAGAGCUCUAUCAAUCUCGCUGGCAAAAGCCCAAACAUGAUCCCGUCCACCGUGACUUAACUAAGGAUUUUCUCAACGCUGCGGAUUGGGCUGAACUAGAGCGCUUCCGUGACUUCCUAAAGCCGUUUUACAUCCUUACGAAGACGAUGGAGGGUAACGCCAACAAUCCAGAGGCAGAGGGCGGGCAUGGUGCGGUGUGGGAGACCCUUAAGACAAUGGACUAUUUGUUCGUCAAAUUUAAACAGGCCGCGGAGGAAACUCAGUUCGAGGAGCCGUCCCAUGUUAAGUCGGGAAUUGAUUGCGGAUGGACGAAGCUUGAAGACUAUUACCUCAAAACGGACCGUACGCCAGUCUACCGAGCGGCAUUAGCGCUUCACCCAUCUUAUGGCGACAUGCAGUCUGCUGUGGGUAGCAUGUUCGAUGAAUAUGUACGACAGGCUGACGUCGAAACCCAAGCUCAAGUGGAACUUUUUGACGACGAAGCUGAUGAGAUCGAAGCCGAUAUUAAUGACUACAGUUCAUUUGGGAAAUGGUCAAUCCGCUCUUUGAAUACACAGCGAAAGAAGGUCAAGGCAACUAGCGAGCUUGAUCUAUUCCAGACACGGCCAAUUUACCCCCAAGAUCUCGACGUUGCCAACCCUCUUGAAUGGUGGAACCAACAUCAGUUGGAAUAUCCAGUUUUGUAUCGAAUGGCGCUCGACCUGUUCUCAAUUCCUGGCAUGAGUGCUGAAUCGUAG